AUGAAGAGCCUCAACAUGGGCAGAGGAACCAGGAAGAAAGAUGAAGAUUCAGGGACUGAAGUGGGAGAAGGGACAGAUGAAUGGUCCCAGUCUAAAGCCACAGUUAGACCUCCUGACCAGCUGGAGUUAACAGAUGCGGAGUUAAAAGAGGAGUUUACCCGGAUCCUGACAGCCAACAACCCACAUGCACCCCAGAAUAUUGUCAGGUACAGCUUCAAAGAAGGAACAUAUAAACUUAUUGGCUUUGUGAAUCAACUGGCAGUUCACUUCAGCCAGGUUGGGAACCUUAUCCCCAAAGAUUCAGAUGAAGGACGACGGCAGAACUAUCGUGAUGAGAUGACGGCAGGUUCACAGGAGUCCGUCAAGGUGGUGCUUUCAGACACAGAAAACCUUGAGGAAGAUGAAGAGCCCAAGGAAGCAGAAGCUGAAGCUGAAACUGGGAAUCAAAUAGAUGUGCCUACAGUUGAAGCAGUUGAAACAGUACCUGAAGAAGAAUUGAUGACUCCUAGGCAGCCCAAGGAGCGGAAGCUCACUAACAAGUUUAACUUCAGUGAGAGAGCCUCACAGACCUUCAACAACCUUCUCCGGGAUAGAGAUUGCCAGAUGGAGCCUCCUCCCAGGACAAACUUUUCAGCCACAGCCAAUCAGUGGGAGAUUUAUGAUGCCUACAUGGAGGAGCUUGAGAAGCAGGAAAAGACCAAAGAGAAAGAGAAGGCAAAGACCCCAGUGGCUAAAAAGUCAGGGAAGAUGGCCAUGCGGAAGCUGACAUCUAUGGAAUCCCAGAGUGAUGAUAUCACCAAAGUGACCCAAGCAGCUAAAAUUGUGGAGCGAAUGGUCAAUCAGAAUACAUAUGAUGAUGUUGCUCAGGAUUUUAAGUACUAUGAGGAUGCUGCUGACGAAUACCGGGACCAGGAGGGUACACUGCUGCCGCUCUGGAAGUUCCAAAACGACAAAGCCAAGCACCUGGCCGUCACCGCCCUCUGCUGGAAUCCAAAGUACAAGGAUCUGUUUGCAGUAGGACAUGGCUCCUAUGACUUUAUGAAGCAGAGCAGGGGCAUGCUGCUGCUCUACAGCAUGAAGAAUCCCAGCUUCCCAGAAUAUACCUUCAGCAGUGACAGUGGCAUCAUGUGUCUCGACAUGCAUAUGGACCAUCCCUAUCUAGUGGUGGUGGGCCACUAUGACGGAAAUGUGGCCAUUUACAACCUCAAGAAGCCCCAGGCCCAGCCCUCCUUCCGCAGCACAGCCAAGUCUGGCAAGCACACGGAUCCUGUAUGGCAGGUCAGGUGGCAGAAGGACGACAUGGACCACAACCUUAACUUCUUUUCUGUGUCAUCUGAUGGCAGGAUCGUGUCUUGGACACUUGUGAAGAGUGAGCUGGUUCACACAGAUGUCAUCAAGCUGAAGGUGGAGGGCAGCACCACGGAAGUUCCUGAGGGGCUGCAGCUACACACAGUGGGCUGUGGUACUGCCUUUGACUUCCACAAAGAGAUCGACUACAUGUUCCUAGUGGGCACAGAGGAAGGGAAAAUCUACAAGUGCUCUAAAUCCUAUUCCAGCCAAUUCCUCGACACCUAUGAUGCCCACAAUAUGGCAGUGGAUGCUGUGACCUGGAACCCAUACCACGCCAAGGUCUUCAUGUCCUGCAGCUCUGACUGGACAGUGAAGAUCUGGGACCACACCAUCAAGACCCCCAUGUUCAUCUAUGACCUGAACUCAGCUGUGGGUGAUGUGGCCUGGUCACCAUACUCUUCCACUGUGUUUGCAGCAGUCACUACAGAUGGAAAGGCCCAUGUGUUUGACUUGGCUGUCAACAAGUAUGAGGCCAUCUGUAACCAGCCGGUGGUGGCCAAAAAGAAGAACAAGAUCACCCACGUGCAGUUCAACCCCAUCUAUCCCAUCAUCAUCAUUGGCGAUGACCGUGGGCAUGUUACCUGUCUUAAGCUCUCACCCAACUUGCGCAAGAUGCCAAAGGAAAAGAAGGGCCAGGAAGUGCAGAAGGGUCCAGCUGUGGAGAUCGCAAAAUUGGAUAAACUGCUGAACCUGGUGAGAGAAGUGAAAACCUAA